AUGGCCAUCAGGUACAUGUCCCACUUGUCAGCACUGGCCCGCCACCUUCCGGGCCGCUUCAGGGCCAGCACAUUACCAGUUAGCUCGUUUGUGGUGUACCACCAGCUGGGAAGGGUCCUGAUGCCUCCAUAUGUCCGAGUUAUCUACAUUGCUACUGUCAUUCCAAUAGAAGUUGACCCAAUUCGCCAAUGUUCCACCAAGGCAGAGGUAUCGGGAAUUGCUAAGCAUCCAAGCAAGUCUUCAGCAAUCAUCAUGGCAGAAGAUGAAGACACUGAAAUAACACUAAGUUGCAGUGCUGUGGUGGAUGAAAUUUUUGCUCUUCAUAUCAUCACAACCACUAAGGAACUUUUUCUUGAAGAAGCUCCUGAAGCUUUCCAGGUGGUAGGGCUGGAUCAACAGGGCAAUGAGUUUUCUACUUUGAAAGGAAUUGUAUUUGAAUGGACUCUGGAAACUGACACAAGUCAAGAAGAAUUCAUUGAUGCUGGGACUGUGCUUCGAUUUCUGAAUUAUGCAGAAUCACCUUAUAAGGCUCCACCUGAUAUUCAAGAUUUGGAAAACCAGGGAUUGAAGGGUCAUACAGUCCUUAUUGAAGGAGUGCACAUUGGCCUUGCUCGUGUACGAGUUCGACUUGCCCACCCUGCAUACAAAUCUGUGGAGCCAGAGGAAGCCAGUAUUGCAGUUGUGGCCAACUUCAUGAUCCAACCACCAAUAGUUUAUCUCUUACCCAAGACAGUGGUAUCCUAUGAGCUAUAUCAAGUGAAGCAUGGGCAACUCUCACUAAUCCCUCUUCCCUCACCUCAAUACUACUUGAAGGUUGAGGAUCCUUCCAUUACAAUCCUUGAUCCAGACAAGUCUGAAGCCACUGGGUUGCAGGAAGGUACAACAGACAUCAUACUCCAGUAUCGAACACUACAGAAUCCCACCACGCUUCGUCAGCCAUCAGCAGCAAUCACUGUUGUCUCUGCAUCAUAUCUGUUGAUCAUCUGUCUGCCUCACCGUAAUUGGGCCCUCAUCUCAGGCCAGGAAUAUGACAUCAUCAUUGAAAUCUAUAAUGCCAAAAAUAAACUUAUAUAUCCAUCAAAGAACCUGAUCAUGGAAGCAAGUCUUCCUCAGAAGCAUUUCCAAGUUUUUCAUUUCACUGAGAAUGGGACAUUCCAUCAUGGUAGAGCUGAAGAAGUUGGCAAAGCUCCUGUGUCAGUCUCAUUCACUGGAAUUCGUCAUCCAGAUGGAACUUCUGAGUCCUUUCUUGAACACCUGCAUUCAGUUGUGGAGCUUGAGGUCUUCCAUCCUUUAGAGGUUCACCCACCACUCAUUGCAUGGCCAUGGGAUCCUGUGUCUCACCCUCCAUAUGAACUGAAGCUCUCUGUGAAGGGAGGAGAUGGACAGUUCCAUAUGUCAUCAAACAACACCAAUGUUGUUGUUGUGAAUCAUUUUGGUGUUGUGAGAUCCAUAUCUUCAGGAAAUGCUUCAAUUACAGUGGCUAUGCAGCGAAAUCUUCAUAACAGUGCAGUUGUGCUUGUUUAUAUCAUUCCUGCCAUUGGACUAAAAAUUGAGCCAUGUAUUGUGGAAGGUGAAAUUGGCACUUUAAUUCAGCUUCCCAUCAGUUUCUGGGGCCAUAAUUCCCUGCUUUUUACUAACUGCUCACAGUUGUCAUACCAGGUUGAAGUGACUAAUACCAAGCACUUUCAUGUGCUUGAGACUACUUCAAAAGGUCCUUUUCAAGUUGGGUGCACUCAAGCAACCAUUCAGGGAAAGGUGGCAGGCUUCAGCAGCAUCCAUGUUUUCUAUCAGUCCCCAGAACUUGGGGUCUUGCGUGCUUCAGUCUCUGUUGCUGCUUUCCAUCCUCUAAAGCCUGUUCAUCCAGCUGAAGAACUUGUUUUAAGUGUUGGUUCAUCCAGAAGUGUUGUAUUUCAAGGUGGACCCCUUCCUUGGCUUGAAAGCCCAUCAGGAUACACCAAGUCUGUUCGUGUAGAUGAUCCUACACUGGUGAAGGUGACUGCAUUAGAAAUUGCCCAUGGGGAGAUCGAUUUUCAUGCUUAUGAGGUGAAGUGCUUGGACUAUGGAGAGACUGACCUCCAGCUGACCAUCAGUAACAGUAAAUCUCCAAGUCUUCCUAUGCCAGUUCAUAGAGAAGCUAGUGUGAAAAUAAUCUGUGGAGCUCCCCAUACAUUGCAGUUAACAGCAAGAGUUCCAAGACCAAAGAAUGCUAAAGGCAGUUGUCCUGAAGUGUCUAAGGGUCUUGUCUCUACUAAUUGCAAUGAAAAACUCAUAAUUGGCAUUGAAAUGUUUGACUCCAAAGGGAGGAAGUUUGAUAAUUUUUCAUCCUUAGCCAUAGAAUGGAAAUUAUCAAAUGGAACACUUGGAAGGCUGGAAGUGGAUGAAGGUCUGCUGUCUGAAGUACAGUAUGAAAGUGGUAUCACAGUCUCAGGAAACAAUUUCAAUAUUUUCAUACCAAGUGGCCUUCCUGGGUCAUUGGAAGUUGGAGCAAAAGUGAGUGGACGACACACCAGCAUAAAACUCCAUGAUAAUUUGAAUCUUGUGCUUGUCCAACACCCACAGCUCUCACCUGAACAUUUAGUCAUGUUCAAUCAUCAUGACAGUGUUGCUUUUCUUGAUGUCAAAGGUGGAUCAGGAUAUUUUGAAUUUCAUGAGAGCAGUAGUCAGAUUGUGAAGACCAUGUAUCAUAGGAACAAUCGGAGUGUUGUCCUGCAGCCUCUUCAAGAUGGACAGGUUCUCCUUAGCCUUGUAGAUCUUUGCAUUGUGUCUGAUUUCUCUGGACAGGCUGAAGUUCUGGUUUCUGGUUUGGGGAAGAUUGAAGUGGAUGUUCUUCGUAAGGUGGAACGAGGGCAGCGAAUUCGAGCUAGAGUGCGCAUGUACAACUCUCUUAAUGAGCGCCUGCCCCCCCAAGCAGUGUCACUUCUAACCCUUCACUCUUCAGUUGAUGAUUCAACUAUCCUCUCCAUGGAGCAAGAUUCUACCACCAAGAGCAUAGACAGCGAUGCAGAGUUUGUGAUCCUGGGUACUCAGGUGGGAGAGAGUUCCAUAGUGAUCAGGGGUGGAGAUGGUAUACACUUGGUGCAAGUGAAAGGCGGUCCCCAGCCAAGCCAGUCGAUUGUGUAUCAAGUAGAGAAUGCAACUGUGUCAACGAUCUCUGAAUCGGGCAUAAUCACAGGGUUGAAAGAAGGUGUCACCCGAGUCCAUGGUUUCUCAGUUGGUUCAGAGGCUUCUAUAAUGUACUCCCAGGAUUCUAUCGAAGUUCAUGUUGUGAAACUGACAGGUGUCAAGAUUAAGGUCCCCAUCACAGCCAUCAAAACUGGGUCAGUGAUGCCAGCAAGCAUUUUUGGAAUGAACCAGCAUGAGAACCCAUUCAGCUUUGGUUCAGCCAUCCCCUUCCUACACAUCUCAUGGUCCAUCAGCAAUCCUGAAAUCAUCUCUACUGAGGGCCCUCUAGGAACCAGUAACAUUCUUGAAGGAACAUUGAACAUGUUUUCCCUUCGUUUACGAGCUCAAAAGACAGGGCAAGUUAUGCUCAGGGUUUCCAUCCAUCCUGUGCUGGCAGCACUAGAUCCUUCUGAACAGCAAACUCUGAAUAAUAUUGCUUUGGAAGACUACAUUCAACUAACAGUCUUUGAGGAACUCCUUCUCACUCCUCCAAUGUCACCUGGAGCAAACAUUCUCAUCACGCCCAACACUGAGACUCAACUCCAUGCAAACCGGGUCUCCACUACAUUUCACAUUGCUACUGAUCAACUGCCACCUGAGGUGUCAUUAUCAGAAAAUGGCCUCCUCGCAACAGGUGCAUCGUCUGGAGAAUUUCACAUAAAUGUGUCAUCAGAAGAGGAGUUUGGGUUUCACCAGGCUACAGUUGCUUUGGUGAAGGUGAAACCUUACAGCUACCUUCAAGUAAAGUCCUUGACUGUGUUGGCUGUGGGAGAAAAAGAUGUGUUGGAUUAUAUCCCCUUGGGCAUCACUAUGGAGUUUCAUGUAGAGUUUCAUGAUCAUGUUGGAGAUAUAUUCCAUGCAACCAAUGUUCAACUGGGGAUUCAGCCCUCUCGAUAUGACCUCAUUCAGAUCUCACCUGGUCAUUCGAAUCAGAGCUUCCAGGUUCAGGCACGAGGUAAAGGAGAGACGGUGUUGAAGGUAUGGGAUCGUAAGAAUCCUUCAAAAGGAGAUUACAUCCAUGUAUCAUCCCGCUCUGCCAUCACCCCUUCUCAUGCCAUGCUCUCUGUUGGUGACAUUGUCUGCUUCUCCUCUCCCUUGGUCAUUAAUGUGAAUCAUGGUGAACAUUGGAGUUCUGACAACACAAACAUCUUGACCAUAGAUAAGAAGAGUGGGAUGGCACAGGCCAUGCUUCCUGGUUCAACUGUUGUCUCUUAUCACAUCAGUGCAGUGGCACUCACAACAACCCAUGUCACUGUCACACCUGUUGUUGACAUUAGACUGUCUCAGCCUGUGCAAAUCUUGACAACGCAGAAGCCAUUUGAGAUUUUGGUGGAUCUGGGACAUGUAAACAUCAUUGGGGACCAUUGUGAAGACUUGAAGUCCUUCUCCCCUGUCAUUCCCUUUACAUGCUUGGCUCGGUUCACCCCUCUGAGUCCAUUGGACUUUCAAGACAUAUUUUUGCUAUACCCAGAGUUUGAUCCAGGGAUUGGCUCUUACAAGUGCCAGGUCAUGCCUAAGACUAACCUUUCUCGAGAAGCAACACAGCUUCAAACCCAUGUGGAGUUUGAAGCUAUCAUGAAGGCACACAAAGGACAGAGGGAAUUGAAAUCAAAUAUAGUGAGUGUGGUGUUUAUUCCUCAUUUUCUUGUUGACACGGAUGAGCUCAUUCUCAGCAAUCAGCAACCACUUGGCUUCAUCAACAUCACAGGGACUGGAUUGGUUGUAAAACAAUUGAAGGUGACAGUGACCCCCAGUACAUAUCUGGAGUCACAUGCCCUCACGCCUUCAUCUUCUGGCAUCCAUGUUCUCCCCAUCCACCUCAAGCACCAAUAUUGGAUUGGCACUGGUGAAGAAGAUGCCCCAUUGUCAGUCAUCAUCCAAUCAACAGAGUCAGGUCAAAAGGUGACUGUCCCUGUGCGCAUCCGUGUCAUUGGGGACCGUGGCUCUGUGAUGCGUUGUGCUGCACGUGGUGAAUUCACAUUUUCUGAUGCCCUCACAUCCCCUACCUCCUAUCUCCGUCAUGCUCUCACUUCUAUUUCUGAUUGGUUAUGGCCAUUGGUUUCUGUGACUGCCUCAUUCCUUUGCUUAUAUUUUGGGUAUGUAUUUAUUGUGCAUGCGGGGCUGAGAGCUGUGAAACAGAGCCUUUCCUCCAUGCUGAACAUGGCUGUGACUCAGCCUGCAACUCCAGCCUUAUCAAACACAAGUGUCUCAGGUCACCCAUCCCCGACUCCUACGCCACCACGAGGAAAGUAUUAUCCAAUUGGUUCACCUCAGAUCUAUGGUGUUGCCUCAAUGAGACAGCGGUCAACCUGAAUGCUGGGGAGGCACCAGGGAACUUCUGUUUAACUGUGAUGCUGAGUGUUCAAAUGCUCCUUGCCCUUUACUCUUUGCAACAUCUGUGACAUGCCAAGGAUCAGGAAGAUCCAAUAUUACUAUGGACCCCUGUAUUAUCCUCUCCGGUGAUUCUGAAUCCAGUGGUAAGUCUUGAUUCUUCUGUGGGAGAGCAUUAAGAUCCAUUUCAGCGUUGCAUUGAGAACUUGUUAUUCAAGUCUGAAUUCCAUAUUGUAUAAGGUGUAACCAGCUCUUGAAUUACUUCUGUUGAACUAUCAUUGGAUAGGACCAUGGAGCAGAAGGCUUAUGAGUUCAGACUGCAUUGUCAAAAGUGUGACUGUGAUACCAGUCCAAGUUCUCAAAAUGUGAUAUUCAUGAAUGAUGGAUCUUUCUUUUGUACUGUAAGCAGAGUUUCCCUGUGUCAAAACCCCAGAUGUUU